AUGACGAGGAUAACCGGAACACUAGCAAACAGUGAGCCUCAGUUCCGUCUAUCUGUGCGCAAUUCAUCGAUCUUGACGCUAUCGCUAUCGUUUCCGCCUUUCGAUUUAAACUCAGUUGCAACCCCAACACAUGCGCUUGUGGAGUCAUUCAGCAAGCUCAGUAUGCUCUCACCUUCCAUACCGAAUCUCUCGACGGAGUCAUCUCCCGGUAGCCCACCAGCCGAUAUGCACAGCAAAGUGCAAGCUGAGACACCACGACACAGCAGAACAAACACAAUGAAUAACGUCGUACGUGCUUUCAGCUCAUCCAAGACGCUGCACCAUGUGCUGGGCAUGCGAGAAUCAAAGCCUUUUGUUACGCCGCCAGAAGUGCCGCGUCACUUGAGGGAACAGUUCGAAGCUGGCCUGCAACGCUAUGAACAGCUUUUUGCGGCAGGUGUGUUUGCGGAAAUCAAAACCGAGGGCGUUCAGGCUAUCAGAUCGUUGCAGAAAAGCAAGGCUGGGUUAGCAGACAUCCUGGAAGAAAAAGAGAGUCCAGCGCGCGAAACGACAGAGCGAUCUGUGAGUUCUGAUAUUGAUCUCGGUUUGAAGAUCAACAUUCCUAAGUGGACCUCCGACAAGCAGGCUGUGGCUGUCGCCCAGUGGUACACGUUCUUCGACAGCGAUAGUGAUGCCGCCCAAGACACUGCGAGCGAGCCAAUAGAAUACGAGUUCGAUGUUGACGAUCAAAACUUCUGGAGAUAUGGCUCAAGCGCUACCCUCGCUGCGAGUGAUGACUCCAGACCUGGGAGCUCGGCGAGCAGGAGCGAGCUUUCAUCAGCACCAGCGCCUUCAUUCCCCCCGCGAACAAGCUCGCUUUUCCCACAAAAGACUGUCCACAGCAACCAGCGCGCAUCAAACACAUUGUUAUGUCAUGCCAGUAACAACAAUCUUCCACCGGUGUUGCUCACUCAGCAAGCAAACAAUUGUUAUUCGAAGGAGAGAAGUGACAGUCUCGGAUGCAUUGACCUGUCACGCUCUGGAAGGACGGAAUCACUGCCUCUUCUCUUCUCUUCUGAAGGUGUCGAGCAACGAUCUGGGAGCCUCGAACAGACUUGGAGCAGCUCCGUACCUAGCGAGGAUGGCAGCAAUUUCGAGCCUUCUCACCAUUCGCACCGUGCCAGUGUUCUGACCUUGGACUCGAAACCAGCAUCACUAUCUGUGCCGCAGAUUACUGUGCAAUUGACAUCGCCAAAGAAGGCACAAAUGUCGGGGAAACGUGCUCCCCCAUCAGACCAGAAUGGUUUCGGCCCACGAGGCUCGCAGCGCGCUCGUCGUGAUGAUACCGUCGGCUUACCCACCCUUCCAUCCUACGCUAGAGUAUUGUGGAAAUCCAGGUUCCCAGGAAACACCCAUGCACUUCUGACGAUCCUUCUUACGUGGUCACAAACAAUGUGGUUGCUUCAUCACCGACUACCGGACCCCAAGCUUUUCGCCAUUCAUCCAGCGUUCCCGUAUUCAGUCUCCCCGCCGCUUGCGAGGCAGCUACUUUCAGUCAGUUUCUACGAUACUAGUAUCGAACCUCACAAAGAAGUGCGGUUUCUCGGUCCAGGUGAUGUCGCAGAAAUGUCGUACCACGAAGUUGACGUCUUCAACGAUCCAGAGAGUCAACAAGAUAAUCAAGAGGAAGCCCAACCCAGCUUCCCCAUAAAUGCCAUCAAGCAAACUCUCGGCCGAGCAGGUCCGGAAGGCACAAGGCACAUGCGCUUCACAACCCCCCUCCAGCGAGCAAAAACAGGCUCAGGCCGCUGGUGCUAUAUCCUCCUCAAAGGCCACGAAACGCACUCCAGCGAGACACCACCACACAUCGUACUAGCCUGGCACAACAGCGCCAUAACAGCAACGAGCAACUGCCUCCACACCAUCCACCCCGCCAAUGCCCCGCCAGCAACCCCAUCUCCACCCCCCAGCAAACUCAAGCGCUUCUCCUCGCUCCAGAACCUCGGCCCUGCGUUGAGAAAGCCGGCGCGGUUCAACUUCCACCAGACGCUCCGGUCAGCGAGCAGCAGUUCUGAACUCCCGCCUGUCGACGCAGUUGCAGAGGUGCAGCCGCAAGGAAGUGUAACGCUGCAGCGCACGGUGCUGAAGCUGGAGAGAGCCGGGGGUGUGCCGUUGAUCGAGGGGUAUAGGGUCGAUGUUGCGGCUUUCAGCGGGUGGUUGGAUGCGUGUGGCAGGGGAAAGGGAAAAGUGAUCAUGUGGAGGGAGAGGGAUGGGGGGUGA